UCUAGCUCUGCACGUGUCUUGCACGUGCGCAGCAACACUGAUAAAUACUCUUCCUCUCUUCUACGAACCAGCGAACCCUAGGGCGCCACUCUGUUGACAGGUAGGGUUUAGGCAGGGUUUCGUUCGCUAGCAAUGGCUCCUAAAGCUGACACUACUAAAAAGGUGGACUCAAAAGCCCAGGCCUUGAAAGCUGCCAAGGCUGUAAAAUCUGGUGUGUCAACCUUGAAGAAGAAGAUCAAGAAGGUUAGAACAUCUGUUACAUUUCAUCGGCCAAAGACAUUGAAGAAAGAAAGGAAUCCAAAAUACCCUCGCAUAAGUGCACCACCGAGGAACAAGCUUGAUCAAUACCAGGUCCUUAAAUAUCCCCUCACAACUGAGUCAGCAAUGAAGAAGAUUGAAGAUAACAACACUCUAGUUUUCAUAGUUGACAUUCGUGCUGACAAGAAGAAGAUCAAGGAUGCAGUUAAGAAGAUGUAUGACAUUCAGACCAAGAAAGUGAAUACCUUGAUCACGCUCGACGGGACAAAGAAAGCCUAUGUUAGGUUGACACCAGAUUACGAUGCUUUGGAUGUUGCAAACAAAAUUGGAAUAAUUUAAAAAGGGUUAGCGCAUGGUCUCAUGUUUUCUUUAUGAGAUCUUUGAAGAACAGAGAAUGUUAAGAGGAUUUAGAACUCGGCCUGGGGUUGAGAGGUGUGGUAGGUUGGUGGACGGCACUCUGGGUGUUUCUUUUCUAUUUAAACUAGCUAGGUGCAAAUUUUAUAUAUUACAAAAAUUUCUUACCAUAAAACAUAUUAUUAAACAUGAAUUAUCAAAAUUUUAAUUGUGUACUAUGUAUUUUGAACAUUAUAUAUAUAGCCCAUUGGGUCACUUAUUUUUUCUCAA